AUGCUUACCCCAGGUAGCAAGGACGGGAGAACGACUCCCGCUGCUGCCGGGAGUAGCCCCCCGCCGGACGAAGCGGCGGCAUCGCCGCCCGAGGUAGCAGCAGCCGCGGCAACCACCAGCGAGAGCGGGGAAGAAGCAGCUGCUGUUGUUUUCGCUGCAGCCGCCGCAGCCGCCGGUGCUGCUGUGAGUACCGAGGACUGCCUGAAGACGGCAGCGCCGGCAACACCCGAAGCAGGUACGAGCGAGAGCAGGAGGGACUCUACGGACGAGGACGGCCGGAAGACGGAAGCGCCUGCGGCAACCGAAGUAGGUGCCGCAGCAACCGGCGAGAGCAAGGAAGCCGCCGCUUGUGUUUCCGCUGCCGCCGCUGCGACUGAAGACUGCCGUAUGACAGAAGCGUCAGCGGCCGCAGGUGCCGAAGCAGCACCGGCAGACGACGCCCAAGCGGCAGCGGCAGACGGCGUCCGAACGUCAGAAGAAGACGGUGCCGUUGCCGCUCGUGAUGAUGAGGACAAUGGCAGCUAUGGGGGCGGGGACGAGACCUUGCUAGCCGAGAGACCAAGCAGCGGCGGGGGCGAGACCUUGCUAGCUGAGGGGCCAACCAGCGCGCGGGACGGAUCGCCAUCGUCGUUGCUGUCGAAGUCUCCCUGCGCGUCGUCGGUCGUUUGCGGGGGAAGCCCGUCGAAGGGCAAGCGGCCGCGCGUAGAGGAGGGGGAGGAGGAGGGAGAAGGCGACGAGGGCACGCCCACGCGAAGGGUACCGGAUUACUCGACAUGCGUGGUGCGGCACAUGCACGUCCUCCAGUGCUUCCUAUGCCUUCAGUACCCGCGGCAGCCCAAAGACGGCCGAUCUGUGGUGUUCUGCCAGAAGUGUCCCCGGAAGGCUUGUCUCAGGUGCCAGGAGACCAAGUUGUCCAAGGAUAGGACGGGCUGGGUCCCAGGGCGAGACACCUUCGGACGCUACUUCGAGAUCCCGGAGUGCAGCGAGUGCCAAAAGGGGAGCGAUGACGAGGUACCCGCCUGGGUGGAGCCGCCUUGGAUGGAAGGGGAGGGGCGGGAGAUCUCGGAAGGGGAUACCAGUCGCUUGCUGGAAAAGUUCUUGCACUGGCUCCAGAAUCAUGAGCUGGCCCACUUCUUCGUGGAUGAGACGGUGAAGAAACCUAUGAAUUUCACGCGCAUGAGGGAGCGGCUACGGGCGGGAGAGUACGACUCUCGUCGCGCCGGCCUGAACUCCUUCAUGGAGGACGUCGACUGGGUGCGGCACAACUGCAUCAAGUUUAACGGGUCGCCGGAGCUGUCCUCGUUCUGGGGCGCCGGCGAGGGGCGGAAUGAGCUAGCCGGAGAGGUAGCUGACGAGGAGGAGGAGGAGGAGGAGGAGGAGGAGGAGGAGGAGCAGUUUGAGGGAACUUCCGCGAGCAAAGCGGAGAAAUCGGCGACAGGAGUAGCGGCGCCGGCAGCGGUGGUGGACUCGGUGACGGCGAGGGCGGCUGUGGUGGGAAUUGUCCGGAGUCCGGGGAACAAGACACCCCCCUGUCCUGCCGCCCAGAAGUGUGCUUAAAACCGGGUGUGGAAAAUUGGGUUUUUCGAUGAUCCUGUUCGUUUUUAUGCUUUGGUUUGCUCAGCGAUUACUACGUACAAGCCGACUCCUUCGACGUUUAGUGUAGAGCUAUACUUGAUACCCAUAGCAAACGCGUCGCCGAAGACGAAACGGAAGACCGCACUUUUUGUUUUUUGGCCACCUCCAUAAAAGCGGGACCGGGUUGGAGUGAUUGCAUCGAGUUGGUGGUAGAGCCCGAUCGAAUCGAAAGUGCGCCUUCGUCUGAAUUGGAGGAUUGGAAUCGGACACCGCAGCUAUUUGUUUGUGCUUUGUUGUCUUCCACCGGAGUUGAAGCCGGGUCGUUGUCUUCUGCUCGACAUGACUUUGUCUGCGUCAUGAAGGUACCUUUAUGUCUUUAUCAACGGCGAUCAUAGGAUAAAACUGCUGUUGAGUAUUACGGUGCGCGCUGAGGGUUGGUCGGCCUUCCUUGAGGGAAAGGGGGUGAGGUAGGCAGGCAGGCCUAUGUAGCGCCGCGUUUUUUAUUUUUUCUUGUUUAGUGUCACCGCGCUAACCGGCUAACCACUGCAAGGGCGUCAGCUUCGUGUGUGUCCGUGUUUGUUCCUGGAUUUCCAACAAAAAACAAAAUGUGCAUGUAUGCCUUUUAAGCCUGCUUGCUCUAUUUAUUUCGGAUGACCAACCGGAGUCUAGACCCAAGACUUGAGCGACAGCCUGCCUUGAUGAAUGUUGAAUGGUGUGUGUGUGGCGUUUGUCGGGCCUGUUUUCGUCUGCGUUCCGUUUGAGUUCUUCAUGGACCGCUGCUAACGGCCUACCUAUCGAAAAUAGCGGUCUAUACGUGUGGACAGGGUAUGAAUGAACGUGUGUGUUUUCUUUUGAUAGUAUCGACCGCACAAACCGGUGCUGUGCAGACACUCAUUCGGUACAUUUUUAUGUUACUGCGAAGCCGCUGUCGGUGCGCGUGUGCUGUGGGGUGUGUUGUGUUCGUCGAAGGUCCUCCGUUGCACUGAUCGUCCCAAUCGGUUGGCCAAUCAUCAAUCAAUGUGUCAGGUGCCAGCCUCAGCAAGGGCAAGCACGUGCGUGCGCAUGUGUGUGUGUUUGUGAGGGCGAGAGAGCCCACGAGGGAUGCGUUUAACUUGGAUUCUGUUUCCGUUUUGGUUGCUUUUCGAUUUCCGUUUGGGAUACGUGUGCGGUAGACGAAAGAGGGGAAGAAACCAGGGCAAGGCGAGAAUGUGCGUGACACACGAGCUCGCCCAACGAUAACUCGGUGGUCAUGGACCGAUUUAUUUUACUCCAAAAACAACGUGUCGUGUAUGGUUGGCAAUAUCCCGCGGCUCCAAGAUGUUUCUGUGGCUUGUUAUAAACCUUACGAGGGCAUGGACGAGGAGGGGCCAUCAAGUGUGCGUUAUCUUCAGGACGGUGGUGCGCAACAAACAGAUGUGUUAGGCUGCUACCCAACCAAGGGUGGAAUAUGAUGCCGUGGGAAGCAUCCCCGAAAUGCAACAGACGGGGGGGAAACGAAGUGGGGCUGGUUCUCAUGAGGGUGUCCUGGUCAACGGGCCGAUGGGGGGGGUAGAGGUUGAAGAAGGCGUUUCUACGUCACCCCCAUGGCCGCUGGAGGCUGCUGUGGCAUAUGCGGGGGCACGUGCCUUUUAUCAUCCGUGAGUGAGAAGAGUGUAGAAUCUGAGGGAACGCGCUGGAUGCGUGCUUGAGAAGAAUGUAGUGGGCUUGUUUUUUUCCGUGCAGCGGCGGUGUGUGUAUUUGUGUGUUUGUAUUGUAAUUUAUGUAUCUCAUGUUUUUCGUACGCGAUGGUGGCUGGUCUACAUCUGCUUGUUUGCUCAUGUAUGUGGUGAGACGGGGACGGCGUAGCGUCUGGCUUGGCGCGUGCAUCAUGUAGCAGUGUUCCUUCAGAGCAACAAUGGUUUUCUUCCAAGCAGCAGCUCAGGGUUGGAGGAAAUUCCAGAGUUGGGGGAAUCGGCGAGGUUGCAUGCGUGGCGUGAUCGGCAUCGCGGCGUUGUUGUUUGAUCUCACCGAGCAAUGAUGAUCUCGCGGGAGGUGCAAAGGUAUUAGAUGCUCGCUCGAUCGAGCGUUCGCGCCGGUGUUCACGGGGCGGUGUUACACCGGGGUUGGCAAGCAGCUCGAUUGUGUCGGUGUGCCAAUAUUGACCUGACCUCUGAUGUCGUUUUUUGCCGUACAGUCCUCACAGCCGUGUCGGUUGACCCCCCAACGAGCGCGAUGGCGUCGAUGUUGUUGCUGACACCCUCUGUUGUAAAGGCCAUUCAUCGUCUUUCUGUGCCUUCAUAUUAGUGGACGGCAUGGUGUGAGUUGCCUUUAUUUCCCCAACUUUGCAUGAAAAUCGUGGCCCGUGAUUGUGAGCUGGCCGCCGGGUGCUGAUUUACCUGAUGGUGAGGGGGCGGGGUGAAGUCGUUGCUCUGAAUGCAAGGCGGGUUUAUUUGCAUACCCUGUUGGGUGAUGACUUGGUCAUCCAUUCCUUCACGCAGCCACUAUCUCGGGGUCUGAUAGUAGUGAGAGGUGAUGGUUGCGCUGGUGGAUUACGUUGAAUACGCACAUGACGUGGUACUAUUUUCAAUUUUUCUUGUAGACCUUUAACCUUGAGUGGUGGUGUUGGGAACAGUCUGUCUUGUCUGAUUCACUUGCGGCGUGUAGUCGCAACGUAUGGUGGUCCCAGCCAGGGUCCAAACUGCCCGCGGUUCUUCUAUCGGUCAACAACGGUGGUUGCCGCUGAAAUUCUAUUUGGCCG